AUGUUACGAACAAGUGCGGCUGCGAGGAAUAAGGAACCAAUUUUGGAAGUUUUGAAGAAACAUAUUCGAGAUGGAGAUAAGGUAUGAUUUUUGGAUGAUUUUAAAAUAAAACUAUUAUUAUUGAUUGAUUUUUGGAAUUAAUUACGAAAAGCAACAUAAAAUCAUGAAUUUUUCAGAUUCUCGAGAUAGCUUCUGGAUGUGGAGAGCAUAUUCAUCAUUUCGCUCAAUCGAUUCCAAAUGCAACUUUUCAACCAUCUGAAGCUGACGCACGACUUCUUCAUAGUAUUGUAGGAUAUAUUGAUAACCAUCAGGUAUUAUUUUUAUUGAAGUAUAUUUGAUUUGCCUCGAAAUUAUUAGAUGACUUUUUGGUUCAAAAAGCAAUCUAUAUAUCUAUUUAAAUGUUGAACUGAAAAAUAUUUUUUGGUCAGACUUGAACUUAAAGGUCAAUAUUUAAGAGUCAAUAAUUGAAAGAAGGGGAAUUUCUUGAAUACCCACUGCACAGAACACUUCGUGGUCUCAAAAAUGAACCAAAUUUAUCUAGCGAAUUCUUUUCAAAGUAGAAAUGCUUUAAAUGAUAUUUUUUAGGUUUUACAAUUAAGAUAUUUCGCAAUAAUAUGAUAUUUGAAGUUCCAGAAUAAAAAUUUGAAAUUGAAUUGAUUAGAAGCCAUUCUGAAAAACUCAUAUUUUGCAGCUCCCAAAUGUUCGUGUUCCACUUUUCAUCGACGUUGCCAAGAAAUUCGAUCAAUGGGCAUUGCCAGAAGAUUAUGGUCCAAAAAAUCUCAACGUUGUUUUAAACAUCAAUAUGAUUCAUAUUUGUUCACAAAGUGCAAUUGAAGGACUUUUUGAGGUAUGUUUCAGAAAUCCAAAUGAUAUUCUAGUUUCAUUUCCUUCCAGGCCGCCGAUAUUCUUCUCAAUGAUCAAAACGGGCUUUUGAUAACUUAUGGACCAUAUAGUGACAAUGGUGUUAUUUCACCACAAUCCAAUAUUGAUUUUGAUGAGGGUUUGAGAUCUCAAAAUCCAGAAUGGGGAUUAAAAGAUGUGCAAUAUCUAGUCAAGCUUGCUCAAGAAGUCAAUCUUCAUCUUGCCGAAAAAGUUUGUAUGCCAAAAAACAACGCAAUUUUAAUUUUUUCAAGAUAG